AUAAAAGCCUUCUUUACCAACCUCCCUCCUUCCCUCCAAAAUUUUCAAGAGAACGGACACUUCAAACUUCAGAAGAAAGGUUCACCAGUGAAGUUCCCUUUUACAUCUUUUUGAAUCUUUGGAUCCUUGGUGGUGGUGGGCAGUAGCCAUUGCCAUUUUGGGAUGACGACUGUCACUGUGCCUUUUGGGAAUACAUUGCUGCCUUGCUUAAGGUCUCGACCUUCAAACUCUAAUUUAAGCAGAUUGCGGCUAUGCCAUGAAGGGAUUACUACUCAAUUCUUGGGGUGUCAAAAAAUGCCAGCAAAUCAGACAUAAAAGGCGGUAUAUUAUUCUAUCCUGAUCUUUUCCUAUUUCCAUGUUUGCAUCUUUUCUAUCUUCUUUUUAUUUCCUUCCUUUUUCCUUUUUGUCAUAAUUUACAUAUUGGGUUGGUAUUUGUGAUUAAUUUUGAGAUCUCUGCAACAGUCUUUUUAUUUUUGGACCAAGGAGCAGUCUUUCUAAAUUUGAUUCUUUUUUCUUUAUUGUUCUCCUCAAGCUUGCAUUCUUGACUGUGCAUCACACACGGAUACAAUUCUUUCUUUGCUUUCUCUCUAACUAUUUUGCAAUUCCGUUGUUCUUUCUUGGCAUAACCAUACUGUGAAAGCGGUUUUAGAAGGGAGUCAAAACUCAAAAGCACUUUUCGUAAAGAGGUUUUCUAGGUGAAAGAAUCUCGCCAUAACAAUUUUCCUGUGUCUCAUCCUCUCGACGGAAUAUUCAUCUCCAGCUCUUCCAAAGGUUGAAGAACUUUUACCCUAAGGAUUAGUGAUUGGCAAACUUUUUUUUUAUGAAUUUAUGAUCUAUUUAUCCUUUUUAAUUAACUUCCAGUUUUCCAUUUGCCAUCCUGUAGCAUCAACGAUAGGUAAUCUAUUAUUACCUUGAGGAUUAGUGAUUGGCAAAUAGCAAUGGCCUUUUUCAAAGAAGGUAGUAAAAUGAUAAAGAAGAAGAAAGGUUCCAGGGAAUGCAUUCUUUCAAUUCUGAAACACUCUUGGGUAAUACUUUUUGGAAAAGAACACUAUUGUCAGGAAGACCAAAUUCUUUUAACUGCAGUAACACUCAAGUAUCCCCAAUUUUGUCCAGAAUGAAGUUUAAAGUCGAUUUCUCACUUUCUUAUCGGAAGCUUGCCAGGGCUUACCAUCCUGACGUGAACAAGGAACAAGGAGCUGAACAAAAAUUUAAGGAGAUUGGUGAAGCCUAUGAGGUAUUGUCAGAUGAUCAGAAGUGUUCUAUAUAUGACAGGUAUGGAGAAGAUGGUAUUAAAGGUUCCAACAUCGGCAUGGGGGACUUCACCAAUCCGUUUGAUCUAUUUGGGUUAUUGUUUGACAUGGACAUUAGGACUGGAGGUUCUCGAGAAAUGGCUACAGAUGGUGAAGAUCUAGUUUACAAUCUCACCUUAACUUUUAAGGAAGCUGUCUUCGGGGUUGAAAAAGAGAUUGAAGUAUCAAGGCUUGACAGCUGUACCACCUGUGAUGGGUCUGGGGCAAAACCAGGGACAAGGGCAACUACAUGUAGCACAUGUGGUGGGCAAGGGCAAGUUGUCUCAUCAGCAAGGACUCCACUGGGUGUCUUCCAGCAGGUAAUGACAUGUUCUGCCUGCAGUGGGACUGGGGAAACAUUUACUCCUUGUAACACAUGUAAAGGUGAUGGGCGACUUAGGAAAUCAAAGAGGAUUAGCUUGAAGGUUCCUGCUGGGGUUGAUUCAGGUAGUCGGUUGAGAGUCAGGUCAGAGGGGAAUUCAGGAAGGAAAGGUGGGGCUCCAGGUGAUCUUUUUGUUGCUGUUGAAGUGCUUCCAGACCCUGUGCUGAAACGAGAAGAUACCAACAUCAUAUAUACUUGCAAGAUUCCUUAUGUUUAUGCAAUACUAGGAACAACAAUAAAGGUUCCAACAGUUGAUGGAACAGCUGAUCUUAAGAUCCCCCCAGGAAUUCAAGCAGGUACUACUCUGGUCAUGGCAAAGAAAGGUGUGCCCUUUCUGAAUAAAAGGAACAUAAGAGGAGACCAAUUGGUAAAAGGGCAGGUUGAAAUCCCAAGACAACUGAGCAACGAGGAGAGGAAGCUAGUUGAAGAACUGGCCAAUCUGCGGCAAACCAAAACUCCAAAUGGUAGGAGAUAGUGGCAUGCUGCUCAGAGUUAAUUUGUUUUUGAAAAAUGCACUACACAUCUUGGAUUGCAAGAAAAUAUGUAACUUUAUUACCUUUUGACUUGUGACAUGUAAAUGUAAUUUUUGUUAACACUAACAUACAUUAUUUGAAAUAAAAUAGAAAUAUCCAU